AUCCAAUCCCCAGGCACGCUGGAAAAUCCAUUCUCUCCUCUUCCUCCCUCUCCCAGCCCCCCUGACCCACCAACGCUCCAAUGCGGCACUAAAGCAAAAUCUCUCCCACAGAACGCCACCGCCGUGCCGACGUGCCGGCCCCGCCGACGCCCACCCCGUCCGCCUCUCCCCGCGCGUCGCCGCCGCCACCACCGCCGUCUCCGCCCCGCCGCCUCCCUGCCGUCUCCGCCCCGUCCGCAAUCUCGGAGAUUGGAUUUUCAGUGCCACUUAGUUGGGUGUUCUACAAUGGAGCUUGACAGUCUAAGAGAGGCCUUUGACCGAGUUGUUGAAAAACGUGUGUUAUCUUCUACCAAAGUUCAGGAAGCUGUUGAUCAGAUAGUGGAUGAAGUUAAGCAGGUAAUAUCCAAGAUGCAGAUGAUGGAUACAGAUUCCAUGGACAGUUGUGACCAUUCAUCCAUCCUUGCAGAAUUGAAGGCCAAGCUGAACGAAAUGGUGCCAUUGAGCCAACUUGAAGGCUGUCAAAAGGAAUUGAAUGUUGCACUGAGCAAAUAUCUCAAGGUUCUCGAGAAGUCCUUCAAUACAGAUAUAUCAAAGGCAUAUAGAAAUGUGGAUUUUGAGGCCAGCACAGUAAACAACAUAAUAGCGAAUCAUUUCUAUCGCCAGGGCCUCUUUGAUCUUGGAGACUCCUUUGUCCAUGAGUGCGGUGAAUCAGACGAGACUUACCUGAAAUUACCAUUUCAGGAGAUGUAUGGGAUACUUGAAGCAAUGAAAGCAAGAAACCUUGAGCCUGCGCUCACUUGGGCUGCCAAUAACCGUGAUAAGCUGUUGCAGAAUAGCUCAAUGCUUGAGUUGAAGCUCCAUUCUCUUCAGUUUGUUGAGAUACUCACCAGAGGAAGCAGAGAUAAUGCUUUACAAUAUGCAAGGACUCACUUGGUGCCCUUUGCCUCCAUGCACAAGGCAGAGAUCCAGAAGCUAAUGGCUUGCCUGAUCUGGGCUGACCGGCUUGAACAGUCCCCAUAUGCCGAGUUUGUGUCAUCGACGCAUUGGGAUAAGCUAGCCGAGGAGCUAAUCCAUCAGUUCUGCAGCCUCUUAGGUCAGUCUAGUGAUAGCCCACUGAGUGUAGCCGUAUCAGCUGGUUUUCAAGGGCUACCAACCUUGUUGAAGCUCACCACGGUAAUGGCUGCCAAGAAGCAGGAGUGGCAGACCAUGAAACAGCUUCCAGUCCCCAUAGACAUCGGACCAGAGUUCCAGUACCACUCAGUCUUCGUAUGCCCGGUGCUCAGGGAGCAGUCGAGCGACGAGAACCCUCCGAUGCUGAUGCCCUGUGGACACGCCGUAUCAAAGCAGUCGAUCAUGAAGCUAUCAAAGAGCAGCUCCAGACCUUUCAAGUGCCCUUACUGCCCCUCGGAGGCAGUAGCUUCGCAGUGCAAGCAGCUUCAUUUCUAAGUGUUCCAUUUUUCCCAGAUCAAAUUCUGUUUAUACAAGCCCUUUCUUCGUGUUUCUGUUUCACCUAUCCAGUAACUUUGCCUGUAUUAUAAUCUUGUAUCCUUAUUUAAACCUGGAUGUUCAUCUGUACAGUAGCAAAUUCCACUGUGUUAAAAAUUAUCUCUUGGUACAAAAUACAAAAAUAAGUUUCACUA